AUUGCGUUGAUGGCCGCCGAGGCGAAGGCGCAGCAUCCCACCUCAGGCCAGCAUGAAAUCAACUGGAUUUUCAGUGUCGAACGCUUGGCGGAUGCGCCGAGCAUUCGCGAAGGUCUUUCGGCUGAACAGGAGCUUUUCUACAGGCAACAGAGCGCCAACCAUAUUCAAGAAAUGGGCAGCAAGCUAACUCUAAGCCAGCUGUGUAUGAAUACCGCGCUUGUGUUCAUGCACCGAUUUUAUGCUUUCCAUUCGUUUCAUCGGUUUCCUCGAAGUGACAUUGCGGCAGCCGCGUUGUUCCUGGCGGCGAAGGUCGAAGAGUGUCCCCGAAAGCUUGAGUACGUUGUGAAAGUCUCGCACGCGUUGCAGCACCGUGAUAACCCCGGUUUAGACGUAAAGUCAGACAAGUACGCGGAAGAAGCUCAGAAGAUUGUGACUUACGAAAACAUUCUGCUUCAAACUCUGAGCUUUGAUUUACACGUGGAGCACCCGCAUGCGCACGUGGUUCGAUGCUGUCAGAUGAUCAAAGGUAAGCUUUGGCGUUCUGACGUUGUUUUGCCUGUUUGUCGAUUCCCAUAA